AUGAGAUUCCAUUCCUUCCUAUCUGUCCUCUUCCUCUUUGUGAUGAUGGUGCCAAGAGAAAAGGCAGGCGUUGUCCCGGGCGAAAAGCAGUGCCUUGUGUUGAAAGGGAUAUGCAAAGACAUAGCGUGCACAGCCAUAGAUGAUACUAUUGGUGUAUGUAACGACGAGAAGAAAUGUUGUAGGAGAUGGUGGGUGUUUGAACCCUACCCAACACCCGUUCCCAAAGGGAAGUCUCCUUAG